AUGAGCAUUUUAAAAUCUUCGACAAAUACUUGUUCAUCGCCUGCCCGUGUACAAUUUUCGGAUGUAACGAAUAAGCAAUAUUCGAACGAUGAUGAUCAUCGAUGGAAAUUAUUUAGUGCUGCACCAGCAAUCACUAUUGAUAAUGAGGAAAAUGAUGCAUGGACUGAAUGUCGAGAAUUAUUGGAAGUGAAUCGAUCUCUUAUGCUAAACCCAUCGGUAGUAAAUAAUACGAACUAUUUACUUCGUCACAGUAGUGCAAAUACUAGUUUAAAUGAGUCAUCAUCACUCGAUGCAUUAGCUGUUAAUGCUUGUACAAGUCUUGAUGAAAAUCAUGACGAUAUUUUAUCGAUCAUUGAACAAGCUGGAAUUACUUUCGAAGCCUUAACUGGAUCAUCAUCUUCAGGUGAUUUACUAGCGAGCACCAGUGGUUAUCAUUCCUAUGAACCAUCACCGUAUGAUCAUCGAUCGAAACGUUCCUCUGUACUGGAUCCGUCUGCCACUGAAUUUAAUAUAAAUAAUUCGGCAAAUUAUCAAACAACAGCAACAGCUAAUCGAUCCAGUUUUGAUCAAUCAUGCCGUCGUUCAUCACGAACAAAUAAUCCAACAUCAUCGCGAUUUUCUACUUCCUAUGAAUACAAAUUUGGUGGUUACGGUCGUGGAAUGAACGAAUUUCUAGAACCGAAUGGUAUCGCGUUUCUCCCAGAUGGCACAAUUACAGUUGUUGAUACUAACUCGAGCCAAGUGAAGCUAUUCGAUCCUAUUCGACGACAAUGUAUAUUAAGAUUCGGACAAGCAGGUACACGACCUGGCGCUUUACUUUAUCCGUAUCGCAUUGCUGUUCUUCCUGGUCACGACUUACUUGUCAUGGUUCAACGUUCUCCACGCCCGAUGAUUCAAAUCUUUGAUCGUAAUGGUCAAUUCAUUCGACGUUUCGGCAAUGAACUCGAAAGUCCACGAGCUAUCUGUAUUGACCAACAAGGUCGAAUUAUUGUCAUUGAAUCCAAAAUAAUGAAAGUACAUAUUUAUGAUGCAACAUCCGGACGUCUCUGGGGCCAAUGUGAUUUACGCGAUCAUUUGAGUUUUCCGACAAGUGUCUGUGUCAACGAUCGGCACGAACUCUAUGUAAGCGACAACGAAUCACAUUUUGUGCGCGUGUUUGAUUACACAGGCAAACAUUUGAAAAACAUCGGGGCUGGUAUUACUUAUCCCAUUGCAUGCCGAAUCAAUCAACCGCGACGUGAAUUGAUUGUUGUUGACAAUCAUGAAAACUUCAAUAUUUCAACCUACGACUACGAUGGGAAUAAGAAAUAUUCUCACUAUUCACUAAUGAAACAUUCUCAAUGUUUCGAUGUCGCUGUUGGAUACAAUGAUGAAUUAGCAAUGGCAUCAAAAGACUACAAAGUCUAUGUAUAUAAAUUAGGCGAAGGUUUAGAUCAAACUGGUCUGGUUAACAAUGCUCAUUGUUACUAA